GAUUGUAGGAUAAUCGAUAAUAAAGUCGUGAAAAUAUAGAAUGUUUGCAGCACGUGAAACUGUCUAGAGUCGAAAAUAAUCUGGAUUAUAUAUUGACAGAUAAUAUAUUCGGAUAUGGCUUCUGAUACGAAAGGGAUUAUUACUGGAGCGACGAAAGUUAAAACUAAGUUUCCUGUGAUACCAGGCACAAAGCCGUCUAUAAAAAAUGCACAGUUACUUAUUUCAACAGGGAUACCUUCAUUAGAUAAUAUAAUAGGCGGAGGUUUACCUAUUGGUUCAAUACUUUUAAUUGAAGAAGACAAGUAUGGCCUCUAUGCUAAAACUGCAUUAAAAUACUUUAUGGCAGAAGGAGUAGUUACAUCUCAGCCUGUACUGGUUGCUUCGCAAGAUGUUCAACCUUCUCAACUUGUAUCAGAUUUGCCUGCAGUUAUAAAAGACUCGGAUCUACAUGCAAAAACUGUAGGUAAUAUAGAUGAACAAAUGAAAAUUGCUUGGCGAUAUCAAAAUAUGAAAGUGGUAGACUCAUCACCUACGGGAAGUCAAAUCUUUGGUCAUUACUACGAUCUUACAAAACCAAUGCAACAGGAUCUCUUAGAACAUGCAGAAAUAAUACAAUGGCACGAAAAUAAUCUACAGCGGCAAAAUAAUAUAUUUGAAAACACUGCAUACACAGACUUGUUACUUACAGUUCAAGAAACUUUACAAAAUGGACAACAUUUUAUCUCUGAAAUGACAGAUAAGAAGAAAAUUUUAAGAAUUGCUGUACAUUCUUUGGGAUCAAGAUUAUGGCUUUCUGAUACGGAGGAAUCUUCAAAUCGAGAUUUGUUAAAAUUUUUAUAUUGCUUCAGAGCACUUUUGAGGAAUUCAUAUGCAGUUGCUGUAAUAACAGUUCCAAUUAUUAAUUUCGACAAUACUGAUGCUGUUAUUGAGAGAAUGGAACACAUGUCAGACAUAGCAGUCAGAUUAGAAUCAUUUGCAGGAUCUGCUAAAGAGACCAAUCCAUUAUUCAAGGAUUAUCAUGGCCUUUUGCAUAUUGAAAAAUUGUCUACAUUAAAUACAUUGGCACCUCGGUGUACAGAAUUUAGAGAUCUAGCGUUUAAAUUACGUCGGAAAAAAUUCGUCAUAGAAGUUCUACAUUUGCCGCCUGAAUUUGAAGACACAUCACAACGAGAGCAAGAUGAAUCAAUAACAUCUUCUGUUGGUUGCAUGAGUGGAACUCGUAAAAAUGUAUUGGAAUUCUAGCUUUAUUAAAAUUUAAAUUUAAAUAAU